CAUGUGUAAUAUCAACCAAGGACGCCGUUGGCUUAUAAGUGACGGAUAGCCGCCCUGUGGUACAUUCCUCACAAUAACAAACCACCUUCAAUACACCACCAGCUUCCCUCGAGCCACACACCCUACCUCCUUCAACACACACACAAACAUCACCACCACCGAAACCUACCACUUCACAACACCGCAAACAUGGGCGCCGUAGUAUCAUGCAUUCAGGGAAUAUUCCGAACGAUCGGCAACUGCAUCAUGGCCAUUAUUAAUGCCAUCGCCGCCGGUCUCAAGGCCAUCAUCAACGCCAUUGUCUCGCUCUUCGGCAUCAUCAUCAGCUGCCUGACCUGCGGACGCGGUGGCGGCCGUCGGCGCCACACGACGACGCACACGAGUAGAGUCUAG